CCCACCUCGUUAACACUACUAUGUAUUAAACGCUACCUCGAGGCUGAAAAUCUCAAAAAUUCGAAGAUCCCGUCUAAGACAUUUGCUGCACGCCUCACCACCACGCGGGCGACUGCAACACCCCCCUCGUGAGCCGCAUAUUGCUCACACACCGCGCCUGACUUCCGCACCGCCCAUUUGCCCUCUUUCUUUCACGUAUUCAUUCCUCCCUUCGUAUAAAACUCAAAAGAGUGCCAACUAACUCCUAGAGGGAGUCCGCUUUUUGCCCAUCAUGUCAAAAACCACGUUAGCAGUUAUCGCAGCGGUAAGCGCAGGAGCCGGAGCCGCUAUUACAGCUACCAUGUACUCGUUACGAUCAGACCGCAAUCUAGAAAGCAAGAAUAUAUCCUCAACGACGACUACCGUCUCGGCCUCACCUACGGCGGGAGGGUCUGCACCAAUCCCUAUCCCCGCCAAACAAAUAUUCACUUCCCCAAACCAGCAAGCCGCGCACACAGGCCUAUCGACCUCGGCCCCUGCGGCCGUGAACCUCUUACCGGUCAACCCGACAGGCCUCUUCGAAUAUGGCUUCCCGGGCCCGGUAGCCGACAUCGCGACGCGACAAGCGUUGGUCUCCUCGUUCGAUCGCCGACUGCGCAACCCGCACUGGGUAGCAGAGCACAUCACGCCAGCGUCACUAGCAAUUCGAGACGGCGACCGCAAACACAGCACAUUCCUAGAGGACGAGGCCGUGCCUGAAAAGUUCCGCGCGCGGCUAAAGGACUACUUCCGCUCGGGCUACGACCGAGGCCACCAAGUCCCCGCGGCCGACGCGCGCUGGAGCCAAACCGCUAUGGACGAGACCUUCUUCCUGACCAACAUGUGCCCGCAGGUGGGCGAGGGCUUCAACCGGGACUACUGGGCGCACUUCGAGGACUUCUGCCGGGGACUGACUUCGCGGUAUCCCAGCGUGCGCGUCGUCACGGGCCCGUUAUAUCUACCCAAGCGUGAUCCCACAGACAACAAAUGGUACGUGCGGUACGAAGUCAUCGGCAACCCGCCGAACGUCGCGGUCCCGACGCACUUCUACAAAGUGAUCUUCGCAGAAGACGGAGCCGUCGGCGGCAACGUAGCCGUCGGCGCCUUCGUCCUGCCCAACGCCCACAUCCCCAACGACAAACCCCUCACGGACUUCGAAGUCCCCGUCGAAGCCGUCGAGCGCGCCAGCGGCCUCGAAUUCGCCACCAAGCUCCCCGCCCAGCGGCGCAAGCGCCUCUGCACAGAGGCCACCUGCGCCCUCGUCAUCAAAGACUACGCCAACCGGCAAAAGGCAUUUGCGAAGUCCCAGGGCUCUUCUUCGGCCGUCGCGAAGCGCUAGGACAGACGUUUCGUCUCGUCUCGUUAUCGCCACCUACCUACCUAUAUUUAACUCGAUUCGCGACAUCUGGGGACAUCUGGGGACA